AUGUUCCUGCGUCGGACUGCGCGCGCGUUCUCGACCGCCUCGGCAGGCCGCCGCGUGCUGUGCUCGCUGCAGCAGCUGCGGGAUCUCGACGGCAAAGGACUCAAGUUCCCUCUGCACCCGGCGGAGCCGAAGAAAGCGGAGACGACGACUGAUGCGACGACGACUGCGAAGCCUCGUCGCCGUCGAGACCUGACGGCCACUGGCUUCGUUUUCUUCAACGAGAAGACGCAGCAACCUCGAGCGUUUAUCAACAGCAGGUGCCCGCACGCCAUGCUGGAGCUCGACUUUGACGACAGCGACUUCUUCUGCGAAGGUUUCAUCCACUGCAAAGUUCACGCCGCGUUCUUUGACCCCGACACAGGCAUCUGUCUGCAAGGACCCAUUUCCUCGCGUAAAGCUCUGCGGGGUCUGGAUGAACUUCGAGUGGAGAUCGACGGUGACAAUGUCGUGCUGCUGGCUGAGCAGGCCAAGGAGAGGUUUUCGUCGAUGCCCUCUUACGACAGCCAGGAGCCGGAGGCGUACAAGCUCGAGAAACAGCGAGAGCUUGCAGAGGCUCUUUCAAAGCGGUCGGAGACGUCGGAGAUCGAGGCGAUGCAGCAACGUUUGCACGAGAAAACCAUGGCAAGAAUGAAGCAGUUCGAGCAGAAGCAGAGGGAGGCUUUUCGCAAGCCUAAGGAGUAA